UUCAUAUUGCUAAAAUGAGUUCUAUUUCUUCACUCUUAAUAGGGACAUAUAUCGCUAGUGAGAAGAUCAAAGAAGGCUUCAAAAAGAUAGAAAGAACCGAAAGAAAGCAAGAAGAAGGUGCUAAAUAAGCAGAAGGAUCUGUACUACCAUAAAAUAAUGAAGAACAACAACAGAGAGAAAGAGAUCAGACUGAAGCAGAGGCUUGAGGAGAAGAACAGAUUUAUGGCUCUGACCAAGACCAUUUCCAGAAAAGAGGUAAUGGAAAGUGCCAAGCAGGAUGGAUUCCAUCAGAGAGAUGAGAAGACAGGGUUGGUUAUGAGGGAUUUUAAUGAGAGAUUACCAAAGCAGAAUAAGAGGUUGAGAAGAUUGAAUUUGAAGAAGGAGUUUACAGAGAAGCAUGGAGAUACUUUAAUGAGCAAGCAGAAAAGUCUUCAAAAAUAAAGAAAAAGAGCCAAAAGUAGUUCUCAGCGCUAACAUUUUCACCAUCGAAGAAGGUAAAAGCUCACUUAAAUGUGACUUUUUCGAUAUGAGCGAUGAAGAGCGUAAAUAAUUACAGAAAAGUAAUGGAGAUGAUCUGAAGGAAGGAUGGCAAAGGCAAAAUUCUCGUGGCUGACUUAGUAAGAGACAAUGAAGGAUGGGAAACCAAUGAGAAAUGAAUGAAAUCCUUAUUCAACCUGAUAGGCAAUAAGCAUCACAAGGAGAAGAAGAAACCCUUGUCUACUUUUGGAACCAAGCGAAGCUUUGAUCAUAGCCAAAAGAUUCAGAAAGAAGCUCCUGAGUCAGCUGCAAAAUCAUGCAAGUGCCAACGAGAGAGGAAGAAGGGCAAGUCUUCAUCAUUUCUGCCUCAGCGGAAGAUCCUUGGUAGUGACAAUAGGAAUGAAAGAGAGUUUACAGAAGGUCUUAAGAGGGAAUAUAGAAUCAAUGUCAACCGAAGAAAGAAACGCAUGGAAAAGCAUCAGCCCAUUCGGAAUUAUUCAGCACCAAAGGAUCUGCUCACAACAGAUGCAGUAGGCUCCUUUGGAUCCCCAAAACAUCACAAUGGAAUAAAUUUAGAGAAAAAGACUACUACGAAGAAGGUUAAAUUUAGUGGUGAAUGCUAUGUCUCUCCCCGGAACAUAAGUUCCAAUCAGAAAUUGAAGAAACACAUGAUGUUUCUCAAGAAGUACUCUGAAGCAGGCCAUAAGGUCAUUCUUGAUGAAAAGCUUCAAAAAUUCAUCAAAGAGGAAGAAGAGCUUAGAAAAUAUACAGAGAUUCAGAUAAGCAAGAUCAGAAAUAAUAAAUAAGCCUCGGCCUCGUGAUAUUAUAACCCCUGAAGAGCACCAUCGAGACUGAAGGAACAGAUCCUUUGCUAAAUCAGAGGACAAAAAGAGCCAUCGUGAAAGGGAUAUAGAAGAAGUUUUGAGAUUACAAAACAAAUCAUUUUCAAAACUAGAUCAAUCAUAUUCAGAGUUCCUGAACCCCAGAAAGCUUAACCUGAGACCUAUCAGCUCUAGUAAAACAUCCGAGCAUGGCUAUGAGAGCUCGAAUAUAGGUGAAUUCCUGCAAUCCAAAAGAGAAGGCCUCGAGUCCAUCAUUGAUGAGAAGGACAAAGAAAAUAAUUCAUACAACAGUCACCAAGACUACAUGGGGGACACAGGAGUUACAUUCUCACAUAAGCAAUUGAGGCCAAGAGCUCAAAAGAGCCAUAUGUUACUGCUUUCUAAGAGAAGCAGCACAAGGCAAAGGAUGAACUCAGCCUGUGGCUCUUCAAGAUUUUUUAAUAGGCAUAGAGAGAAGAUGGCCAAGAAAGCGUUUCAAAGAUCCCAGAAUAACCUGAAAAAGCCGACAAAUAGACUCCAGAUUGGUUCCAGUGUAGACCAUAUACGGAAGAAGUCAGAUGGAUAUAGCAGCUUUAAGAACCACGCAGGCAGGAAGAAACUUACUGGAACUGUCAGUCAGAACUUCAAAUCAUUCAUCCAAGAGUGAGAGAUCCCUAUAACAUACGGAGGGGAUGAUGAAACUCCUGAUUAUAUGAGGUCCCCAGUUACAAUUGAGCCUACUUCCUACCUCGGUUCCAGAGUCGAUUACAACACCAAUGCUAUAAUGACCCGGAUUGUGAAGAAGGAAUGUGGGACCCAAAUAACCAAUAAAAUUCAGGUUUAGGAGCCAAUCCU